UGCUGCACAGAUUCAACACGCACAACUAUUGUGUUUAAAGGUACUGAAGCGUGAUCCAGUGAAAAACAGGCCUGUAAAUAUGUAACCGUACAUGUCCGGUAACAGUCGUGUUUCCACCGGGAGAAGAAAGAUGGACUCUGUUGUGAAAAACACCCAGAAGAAGUUGUGGCUCCGCGGUCUGCUUUGGUGUUCGCUCCUGCUCGAGCUGGCGUCGGGAGCUUCCUUCUACGGUGACGGCUUUGUACAGCUCAAGGCAACAGAGUCGUCCGACCAUAACACGCUUCGCAUUCGCUUUCGAACCUCCAGUACCAACGGCCUGCUGUUUCUCGCCGCCGGCCAGAACGACUACUUUCUACUAGAGCUCCAUGCUGGUCGCCUGCAGUUGAAGCUUGACCUCGGAUCAGGGGAGCUACAGUUAGAGUCAGAGAAAGGCACCCAGCUCAACGACCUGGCCUGGCACUCCGUGGAGGUUCGCCAUGUGCAGAACAACGUAACCCUGACUGUGGACAAGAACUCUCAAACUGGUUUUAAGAUUCCAGCCUCCAAUCAUAAUCUCGACAUUUCGGAUGGGCUGUUUGUCGGAGGCUCAGGAGGCCUGGACAAAAUGUACCUACCCAGAGACCAGAUUGGCUUCCGAGGCUGCAUGGACGAGGUGGUCUUCAAUAAACAUGACUUGUUGUCAUCACUGAGGCCAUAUACCGGAUUCAAGAAUGUCCAUGAGGUUUCUUUAGGCUGUAGUCCCCAAUUCUUUGCCACAGAGGAGGACCCUAUCAGUUUCUUCAGCUCCAGGGCUUACAUCUCUCUUCCAACCUGGAACACCCAGCAGGAAGCAGUUUUUGAGUGUGUCGUGCACACUUCAGCCAAAGAGGGAAUUAUCCUGUACAGUUCAGCCAGAGAGGGAGACUUCCUGGCUGUGGAGAUUCAGGAAGGUUUGCCAGUGGCCAUUGUUGGGAAAGGUGGAACCAAAACCGAGCUUCGAUCACUUACAUCAAUUUAUGACAGGAAAUGGCAUACUUUGAAGUUGCAUUUCAGAUCCGAAAGCCUCGAGCUUACUGUUGAUGGAGAGAUGGUGAAAAGCAGCAUUAGCUCCCAGUCAAAGAGGCUUCAGUUUAAAGGUUCUCUUUUCGUUGGAGGUAUUGAUGACGGCACCAGAUCAGAGGCCAGAAAGGUGGGGCUUGUCUCUGUGUCUGGUAAGCGUGUCAGAGGAGGUUCCUUUAAAGGAUGUCUGAAGAACAUUGAAGUCAACAGAGUGAAAACAGGUCUUUCCAAUGCUGUAGUCACCAAGGAUAUCUCAGUUGGUUGUGAGCCAGAGACAGAACAUGAACCAUCAACCACUGUGAGUCCAACAAGUGCUGCAGGAUCUCUUUUUCACUUGGUAACCCCAAGACCAUCGCUUCAAACUUCCACCCUUGCAAAGGGCUUGGACAGAAAGUAUGGCUCAAACUUUGUGCAGUUCAAAAACCUUGUGGUCCCUGAAGGUGGUCGAGCAUCCCUCGAGGCCAAACACAUCAAGGUGCUCUUAGACUUCAAGAAGCUUGGCAUUCGACAGUCUCAGAUUGUGUUCCAAAUUCGGGAGCAACCAAUUCGGGGUCAGAUAAGGCUUGAUGUCGACCAGGACCAAGAGAAGAACACCUUUAGUAUGUUGGACCUUUGGCAUGGAAGAGUGAUGUAUAUCCAUGGAGGCUCCGAGGAACCAGGUGAUUUCUUCAUGUUUUCAAUUUAUUCAAGUAGUAGAAAGCAAGUUCCUGAUUAUCUGAAGGGCAACCAAUUGUACCGUUACAAUAUUACUAUGACACCUACCAACGAUGCACCUGAAUUGAGUCUCCCUGAAGGUAAUCUCUUUGUGCUGUUGGAGAACUCAAAGAAACGCCUCACCACUGAUGUUCUGAGGGCCACAGACAUUGACAGCAACUACACCAACCUUGUCUUUUCUGUGCUUGGAAACCUGAAUGUUGAUGCAGGAUAUUUGGAGAUUGAAAACAACCCAGGCAAGUCAGUGCCCUCAUUCUCAUAUCUAGACUUGGAGGCAGAGAAGGUGUUCUUUGUUCACACAGGAGUUCGAAACUCAAGAAUAGUCCUUAGAGUUAGCGAUGGGGAAAAAGUUAGCAAUACUGUGGUUUUAAGGGUCAUGGCUGUAGCACUGGAGUAUAAGAUUGCCAACAACACAGGCCUUGAAAUCAUUCAAGGAGAGUCAGCUAUACUUGGUUUAAAACAGCUGGCUGUGCAAACAAAUGCUAUAAAACAAAUAGUUGACAUCCGAUAUGAUAUAAUUGAACCCCCUCAGUAUGGAGAACUCCAGAGGCUUCACUCAAGCGGUGAAUGGAGGCAUACUGACUCAUUUUCUCAAAGACUUCUUGAAAAAGGGCGACUAAGGUAUGUUAGCACUUUUCAAGAAGUCCAGACGUCCAACGUGACCGAUUACUUUAAGAACAAAGUUCAUGUUGCUGCAAGGGCAACCACUGAAAUACUUUUUCCAAUCACGGUGAAGUGGGUGAAGUACCACCUGGUGAGGAAUGUUAUAAUGGAUAUGGAUAAAGUUAGAAAAGUGACACUGGACUCAGACAAUCUUUUUGCCACUGCGGAAGGUGUGGUACUCUCAGAGGAUGACCUCUAUUUUCGGAUUCUCACCACACCGAAGAAAGGGAAGCUCCUGCUCGACACCACUAUCUUGACCAAGAACUCAACCUUUAGCCAAGGAGAUGUAACUGAUCAAAAAGUACAUUACGAGCUGGUUGACAGGCCUUAUGAAGACACAAGUGACAGGUUCAAGUUUCAGCUGGUUUCCAAACAUGUUGAGUCACAAAACUAUGACUUUCGGUUUACUAUUAAAGCUGAUGUCAACAGCGUGUUUAUGAGAAAUGAUGGACUCUCACUUAUCGAGGGAGAAAGCAAACUUAUUAGAAAAGAUGCUCUGUUUGCAGAGACUUUGAGUACAAAGGAUAUGUUCUACACAGUAAUAAGCAGCCCAAAACAUGGGAAGCUAUCCCGUAUUACUCGAUCAAAUUCCAAUGCUAGCUACGACAACAUCUUAACCUUCAGUAAUCAGGAUAUAUUGGAGGAACGGAUAAUGUACAUCCAUGAUGACAGUGAAUCAACUCAAGAUGAUUUCACUUUUAUAGCCUCCACCAGCCAAGAAUUUAAAUCGUCAAUCACAGAAGAUGAAUUUGGUUCCAAAGAAGGAUUGUUUAACAUAUCAAUUCAGCUAGUUAAUGACCAAAAGCCGGUACGUGUUAUUGAUAAAGUUUUCCUAGUAGUAAAGAAUGGACAGAAGUUACUCACUAUAGAUGAUUUGCGUUAUCAUGAUGCAGACUCUGACUUUGAUGAUGGCCAAUUGAUUUACACUCGACGUGGAAUCCCGAUGGGAGAUCUAGUGCUUGUUAAUGAAACCUCUCACCGGCUGUUCCAGUUCCGACAGAAGGAUUUGGAAGACAAACGAGUGUUGUUUAUUCACAAAGGUGUAAACAUGGGCAGAUUUGUGCUCUUUGUCUCCGAUGGAAAACACUUUGUAUCGAGUCUUUUAGACCUCAGUGCACAGGACGCUUUCUUGAAAGUUGGCAACAAUACUGGCCUAAUGGUUCAGAAGGGCCAGUCGGUAACCUUUUCCACCAGUAAUUUUAGUAUUGUUUCAAAUUUGGAUAUCAGAGAUGACCAGGAGGUCGUCUUCAAGUUGGAUGAGGCCCCCAAGUAUGGAGGACUUUAUCGCAAUGAAACAGAAGUGGAGUUAUUCUCACUGUCUGACUUCAAGAAUGGGAUAAUGUCCUAUCGGCACAAUGACAGCAAACAUGUUGCAGAGUAUUUCAACUUAACAGUGAAGGCAAAAGGUCUUGAACUCGCAGUGAGGAUCAAUGUGAAAGUGUACCUAGAAAGUCAUCAAAGGCCACCCAUUGUGCUGCAUCACAACAUCCUACUGGUGGAAGAGGGGAAACCAGUGAAGAUUAGCGAAGCCAAAUUAGAGGCGCGGGCAAGAGCCGGCAGAAUUGGAGCCUUGCCGACGGACCCUCACUCGAGGUCGUGA